ACAAGAUAAGUUCCAUAGUCAUCAAUUAGUUCCACAUUCAAGUGGAAUUGAUAUGUGAUAAACCCGCUCCGAAUCUGACAUACUAUAGAGCGAACUUCGCCCCUUGCGCAUACAAGCUAUGUCGUGGACGCCGGUUAUCGCUACCGGGGCAUUACUCACCGCUUCCCUGCUGCAUACUUAGCACUAAGCACUAGCUCGUCUAACUUAUCAAACAUAUCGAUACGUCUUUCAUCUGCGCACUAUAGAUAUAUUAUACUACUUAGUAUUCAAUUUCCUUUGAGGGCCGGAGAAUAAUCACGAUGGCGGGAUGGUCGCUGCAAGGGGAGCUUGCGACGCUCACUUACCCGCCCGUCCCACCUAACUUCGGAGGCGAAUUCUGUAAAACAACUCGACAGGAUACGUACGACUAUAUUGACCCCUUAACCAAGUCCAAUUGCAAAGGAAAAGCAGUAUUGGUGACUGGUAGUAAUAAGGGCAUUGGAAAGGGGGUUGCCCUAUCAUAUGCUCGAGCGGGGGCGUCGCAUAUCGCGAUAACCUCGCGCUCGGAUGCUCCGGAUGUCGUCGUAGAAAUUGAAAAAGCUGCGACGGAUGCCGGGCGAGAGAAACCUCAAGUAACGUCACUGCGAAUGGAUGUGGUCGAUCUAGCGAGUGUAAAAAGCGCUGCUCAUAUCUUGGAAACGACUUGGGGUCGUCUUGAUAUCUUAAUCGGCAACGCGGGAUUCCUUGCAAAGUAUGAAAAGAUCCUGGACGGAGAGGAGGAUGAAUGGUGGGAGAGCUUUGAUGUCAAUGUUCGUGGUAGCUAUCAUGUCGCAAAGUCAUUUCUUCCCUUGAUGUUGAAAGGGGGUGAUAAGACUAUCAUCAAUAUGUCUUCAACUGGAGUUAAUCACUUCCAUACCGGAGGAAGUAGUUAUCAGAUCAGCAAAUUUGCUCUUCUCAGGCUCACGGAGUAUUUGAUGGCGGAGUACGCCGACCAGGGUCUUUUGACAUAUUCCGUACAUCCAGGAGGGGUAGCGACUGAUCUAUCACAAGGAUUACCAGAGAAAACGAAAGCAUGGCUAAAGUGCACGCCCGCCUUGCCUGGGGACACUAUCGCGUUCUUGACAAGUCAGAGGCAAGAAUGGCUAGCUGGCAGAUAUGUCAGUGCUAUGUGGGAUAUGGACGAGUUCUUCUCCAAAAAGGAUGAAAUAAUAGAAAAGGACUUAUUGAAGAUGAAAAUGACCUUUUGAAUUGAUUCGCAGGGUUGGUUUGAGCAGUAGCAGGAGCAGGCGUGCUGGUAAGGUGUCCACGAUAGCGUGAAGGCGUUUCUUAGCACACGCCAUCAAUUGACGAUGCCCAAAACAUCGUGGAAAUAAGAUCAGAGACGGCGACGCGCGUCGAUGAUCGUAAGUUAUUCAAUCGCUAUUGUCAAUGAGCACAUCGGCGAUGAUCAAAAGACCAUGAAUCGAAAAAAUAAUCCUAAUUCGUUCUAUUGUGAAGCUAUCGGUUCUGGUAGCGAUGUUGGAGGAUCG